ACAAGCUAGAUCUAGCACCCAUUAGCAGUGUCAAUGUCAUACCUAGUCAUACACGUUUUGAGACAGUUCACAGAUUUUUAUAUAACUUAAGUCAUCCAUAUUCUAGUACUUCAAUCUUGAAGGUUAUAUCAUUACGGAUCUCAAUCACUGAUGCAGUGAUCUCAAUACAGACUGGUUGUAAUGUAUGCAUAGUUAGUAUACGAAUGUGAGUGGAGGUCCGAUCGUUACAUUUGAAUAUUGAAGGGAGUACUGACAUAAGGCAAUCAUCAUUCCUCAUCCGCAAUUUGCUACAGUUUUGAGCAUGGACCGUCCUAAAUCCAUGGUCUUGAAGCCAUGUGGACGGACGUAACGUGACCUUGGAAGUCAGUCGAGAUCAAAUGUCUUACGUCAAGAAAAAUCAUUAAACACGUUCUUCAUGGGUUGACGUAUAAGUAUAGCCAGAACUAAUGAAUACUGAACUCUCCCACAUGUAUAGAGUCAGUGCUAAUGAAUGACAGAAAAAUGAUGCAACCAUCUCAGAUGUUUGACAAUACCCCUACUUUCUUUGAACUGCAGUAAUAACUUUAUACUACAGUUGUCUGCAGAAUUAUAUUAACUAAUCAAGUGAUAAGCGGAAUUCAAAAUAAUUCAAUGAAUGUAGAUGUAGGAUUUUUUUCUUACACCAACUAGUUGCAAGAGAGGAGUAGAAACGAUAAUAACAACACAUUGUGAUUACAAUGGCUGACCAAAAGGUUGAAAUAUAUGAUGAAACAGCGGGAGAAAAGUUAUCCAGAAAAAUGAGAGAAUCUCCGUUUGUGGUUGCUGGUGUAGUUGGGCUGAUGGCUGCUUGCGGACAUGGAGCUUACAAAUACAAACACAGAGGUGCAAUGUCAACCUCAGUUUACCUUAUGCAACUCCGAGUGACAGCGCAAGGAAUCCUCAUUGGAUGUAUUACUGUUGGAAUGGCAUGGUCGAUGUUCAACCAAUUACUCAAACAUAAAAAACCUGAACAAUAAAAAUUCGUAUGAUCUAGUUGCAGGUAUCGACAAAUAGGUAGAUUGAAAAACUCUAUGAAAGCAAAUAUUUUUUUAGAGUUUGGAAAAAAUUAGUCUCAAUUAUUUAAUUUCAUAACACUAGGAAAAUUAUUAUUCGUAAUUUUCAAUUUCGUCAUUCAUUUAUCCUUAUUGGAAUAUUAGUUCUACAGGGACAAUAUGUAUGAACUGGGCACUCUGUACGCCUGACUAGCGUUAACUUGACGUGCACGGCAUAUGGGGAGGCCAAUUUCGAGAUAUUGUCCCUGUAUAUUGCAUAUAAAGAUAGUAGAUGAUAGUAGUUUGAAUUUCAAAUCACUUGUCUCAUCAACACACAUGAGCAUCUUAGAUAUUUUAACUGGAAUAAAUUUGUGAAUAAUGAUGAAGCGUGAACUAAACUUGUUAAGGCUGGACCUUUUCUUGCACAGGAUGAGAAUAUGGGGCAGAGGGGUAGAUUUUUUUUGGUGAAUUGUACUAGUAAAAGAGAAACACUACAAGUUUUGGUAAUAUAUCGUGCAUAUUGCGGUAAUUUACUGACUUAAUUGAUUUAUUUUGAUUGUAAGAUUUUCUAGCAAUGUGAAAGCUCAUGUAUGAAAAGAAUCCCAAGCUAUGGAUGCAUAGCCAUUCGUAAUUGUAAUACACAGAAUGUACUGUUCAACAACACAAAAAUGUUAUUAGUUAUCGAAGAA